GGACAGUGAGGAACGAGGAGGCUAUAGAGGGUCGAACAGAUCCUAUGAACGGGAUCUGCAGUAUCGAAGAUCCCCACCAAGAUGUUUCGCAUGCAGGGAGCGGGGCACUAUGCCAACCAGUGUCCUAAUCGAGAACGGCCAUCUACAUCCUUCGAUGUACGAAGGGGAAGAUCAACAUCCCCUAGGAAGACGAUGGAUGAAGUGAAGCCGAUCGUGGUACAAGAGACUGUGGCGCUAAAAAAACAGAUUGAGGAGCUGAACCGAAGUCUUGCAUCUGUUUCGGAAUUUGUGAAUAGCGAGAGACUGAAGAAGGAAGAAGAGGAGCGCAAACAGAAGGAGGAGGAGGAGGAAGCGCGGCCUAUGGAGGAAGCGGAAGAAGCCAAAGAGAGGAAGAAUAAGAAGCGGGCUGCGAAACUACAGCGCGAAGCGGAGCGGAUUGCCGAGAUGGACAAGCGAUUGAAAAUGAAGUUGGCACUAAGAACCGGUGACUUCUUCGAGAAGAUCGAAGCUAAUCUAGGGCCUGUCAUUGAGUUGGCUCGUCAUGUCAAAGGGAAGAACAAAGGCAUAAGUCAACCAGCUUCAGCGUCCGGAUCCGGCAGUGAUGGUGACGAUAGUGCGACUGAAGACAUACGACGACAGACAAGGAACCUGACGAUUGGGGACAAGCGUAAGAGGGGACCCGAGCCGGUUUUUUAGGAUAGUCCACCUAUGAUUACGCGAACAAAGAGGACACCACGGA